AUGCUUCUGGCUCGAUAGUGCUGUCUUCCACUUUCACUUCCAAAUACGUUACUUCUGACACCAGUUGAUCCACUUGUUCUUGAGUGUAAAGAACCUGACCUGUCGGAAGCGCAAGCGCUUAUCGUGGUACCAUCGGAACGGUGGGAGAGUAUCAGGGAAAGCCUGAAGACUCUAAGGGGGCAGAAGAAUCUUCAUCCCAGGAGCUCGUCCAGAACGAAGACAAGCCGGAGGUUGGAGUGGAGCGGAAGCUGGAGCCAGGAACCGAGACCCGCCAAGAGUGGAGCCAGAAGCCGAAGUCCAAGAACGUCAAGUACCAGAAGGCGAGCCAGGACAAGAGAUGUCUAAAGUUCGGGCCGUAG